AUGUCCUCUCAAUUGUUUAAUGAUUCCUGGGAGACUGCUCAAGAAAUUGUUCAGAAAAUGUCCGACGAGAUGAUAGUAAAUGGCAUUAUACUUUUACCAAGUAUAGUUGAACCAAACCAAUAUGAUGUAUUCUCUUGGUAUCCUUAUCAUGAUGGUGCAUUGACAUUUCUUACAUGGAAAAUUAGUAUACACAACAAUAACGAGUCUACUUCAUAUAAAUCUUAUUCAAACAAUUUACAAAAUUGCUAUGCAAUUUUUUAUGGAAUAUCUGUUAAAACUCUUCCUCGUUCUAACAUGAGCAGAUUAUUCAUAGGGUUAUUCAUAUUUCUGAGUUUCAAUAUGGACUCUGCCUAUCAAACAUAUUUUACUAGUGUAUUGACAAGUCACCAUGAGGAUUUCUUGUACAAUAACGUGAACGACAUUUUAAAAGCAAAUUUGAAAAUGAAAAUAUUAAAUAAUGAUUUUAGAUAUUUUACUGGUAUCAAAAACCAAAAAUUUUGGGACUUUAUGGAAAUUUGUAUGGAUAUAAAAGAGUGUUUAAUUGAUGUUGCUUUGAAUAAGACCUCAGUUAUAUCUACUCCUUUUCUUUUUAAAGAAUACGUAUUAAAUUCUUUGGUGUCAAAAAACAAGAGACCUCUCCUCAACUGCUUUAAAAAAAGAAUUAACAACUUUCCUGUAACUAUCGUUAUGAAAAAAGGAUUUCCCUUAUGUCACAGCAUAAAUAACGUCAUUUUGAGACUUUUAGGAGCUGGUUUGGUCAAUAAAUGGGAGAAGGACAUUCUUCGAGAAAAAGCUCGAGAAGAUAUAUUCAAGGUUGUUCAGGAUUAUGAUGAUGGCGAAUAUGAUUAUAAUAUGAAAGAAAGACCGUUUAAACUCCAUAAUUUUCUACCAAUCAACAAAUGGUAUACUAAACGAAAUGAAUUUGUUUAA